ACUACAAGACAUUUUGAGUGCACCAUACAGCAAUGUGGCAUUCAACCACUCCAGUGAUCCAUGCAGUGCAAAAAAAGGAAAAGCUCAACACAAAAUUCUUCCUGACUGGCCCUCCUUUGGUCGCCUCCCUCUUCCUCUCUCCUGCAUAUUUUGUUGGGUUUGUUAUCCCAGCCGAGCGCAUUGAUGAGACCAUGGCAUUGUUGCUGGAAAUUACACAGGUUGGUGUGCCAUGGAGACAACAACCAGAGUUAUGUGUGUGAAUCAGACCACUGCUGUGGAGAGUCUCAGUGCUGCAGCUACUACUAUGAGCUCUGGUGGUUCUGGUUGGUGUGGACUCUCAUCAUCAUAUUAAUGUGCUGCUGUGUGUCUCAGCACCGGCGCUACAAGCAGAGCUUCCAGCAGCAGAGGAGACAGAAUGAGAUCAACCUCAUUGUAUACAGAGAGGCCCACAACAACACACAGCAUCUCCCCCUCUAUCUCAGAUUCCUGCCUGACUACAUGCUGCCAACCUAUGAGGAGGUAGUUGACAGCACUGCCACUCCUCCCCCUCCCUACAGUCCCCCUCCAGUUAGCCUCUCUGUCCACCCAGCACCCUGACUGCCCUCAUCCUUCCCCCAGACCACCACCACACCCCCAGACAUAACCCACAUUGUGGCCCCCCUUGUCUACACAGGGGUAGCAUGGCAAUGGUUUCCCUGACAACAAUAACUCGGCGUUGGGCAGGUACCUGCGCUUUACAGGCGACUCGGCAAUCGAGAUGUGUGAUAACCAGGAACUCUGGGAGGGAGGAGGAAGAGGCAUGCUGGGAAGGGAGGAGGAAGCGAACAUCUGUGAUAGAUGCAGACCCCAGAUUCAGAUCCACACAGACACCAAUAUACACACAGACACCAAUAUACACACAGACAUAGAGACUCAGAGUUGAUCCCCCAAACCUGUGAGUGAGAAGUGUGUGUGUGCCUGUGAAUGUGUCCCUCCUUAGAAGAAAGUAGCACAAUGCUUGCAUCACAAUGUGCAUUCCUCUGUAAUGCAGCCGUGCCAUAUGUAGCCUUAUCUUAAGGUGGUGAUGCACUGACCCUAAAAGCCUGGAGUCUCACUGCUGAGCCACACAAAGCCCCAUAGAUUACAGAGUUCUGCACAGUUCAAAUGAUGAAUUUAUGGCAUGUCGAACUGAAUAGAAACUAAAAGCGGGCUGGCAAGGUUGAGAGCUUUGCUGGAGGUACAAAUUGGUUUCAUAGAACCGCUUUCAACACUGCAGACUUCCUCAUUGGUUUUGGGUCGAAUUCAGGCAUAACAGCGGCCUCUUGUGUUAUAUAAUCGUUUAUUUAUUCAGACAAGACAUAAAUGACUAAAUGAGAUACACAGCCUAACAUCAACAUAUGAUGUAGGAAUAUACACAACCGGAAUAAACAAAGAAAGAGAGAUGCGCCAAAAAGGAUUACAAGGUAUUCUUAUUUUUCAUUUUGAGAUUAGCAUGGAGCAUCUUCAUCUGACCUCAUGUUAAAGAGACACCACGUUUAUUGCACAAAAAUUCACACACCUAUGCAGUGCGGAAGUUAAUGUUUGAAACGGUGAAUAUGGUUUAAUGUGUGUCGGUUAUUGUAAUGUGUCUUCAGAACUCCCUUUUACUAAUGAAUCACGAAGUCUUGUUAAGUAGCCUUUCUGUAAUAUAUUAAAUGAUUGAAUAGCCUAUGCUUUGAUUAAUACUGUGUAGCCUUAUUGGGAACUGUCUUUCAGAUAUCUCUAUAGAGUAGUAGAGCAGCUCCCAUCCUCACGGAAGUCCUGUUUAUCUGAGGCCAUGAUUGUACUUCCGAUGUGGGUUUAUUUAGUAUUAUUAUUAUUAUUAUUAUUAUACAGUGGGGAGAACAAGUAUUUGAUACACUACCGAUUUUGCAGGUUUUCCUACUUACAAAGCAUGUAGAGGUCUGUAAUUUUUAUCAUAGGAACACUUCAACUGUGAGAGGCGGAAUCUAAAACAAAAAUCCAGAAAAUCACAUUGUAUGGUUUUUAAGUAAUUAAUUAGCAUUUUAUUGCAUGACAUAAGUAUUUGAUCACCUACCAACCAGUAAGAAUUCCGGCUCUCACAGACCUGUUAGUUUUUCUUUAAGAAGCCCUCCUGUUCUCCACUCAUUACCUGUAUUAACUGCACCUGUUUGAACUCGUUACCUGUAUAAAAGUCACCUGUCCACACACUCAAUCAAACAGACUCCAACCUCUCCACAAUGGCCAAGACCAGAGAGCUGUGUAAGGACAUCAGGAAUAAAAUUGUAGACCUGCACAAGGAUGGGAUGGGCUACAGGACAAUAGGCAAGCAGCUUGGUGAGAAGGCAACAACUGUUGGCGCAAUUAUUAGAAAAUGGAAGAAGUUCAAGAUAACUGUCAAUCACCCUCGGUCUGGGGCUCCAUGCAAGAUCUCACCUCGUGGGGCAUGAAUGAUCAUGAGGAAGGUGAGGGAUCAGCACAGAACUACACGGCAGGACCUGGUCAAUGACCUGAAGAGAGCUGGGACCACAGUCUCAAAGAAAACCAUUAGUUACACACUACGCCGUCAUGGAUUAAAAUCCUGCAGCGCACGCAAGGUCCCCCUGCUCAAGCCAGCACAUGUCCAGGCCCGUCUGAAGUUUGCCAAUGACCAUCUGGAUGAUCCAGAGGUGGAAUGGGAGAAGGUCAUGUGGUCUGAUGAGACAAAAAUAGAGCUUUUUGGUCUGAACUCCACUCGCCGUGUUUGGAGGAAGAAGAAGGAUGAGGACAACCCCAAGAACACCAUCCCAACCGUGAAGCAUGGAGGUGGAAACAUCAGUCUUUGGGGAUGCUUUUCUGCAAAGGGGACAGGACGACUGCACCGUAUUGAGGGGAGGAUGGAUGGGGCCAUGUAUC